AAUGAACAUUAUAUUGCAGGGAAAGAGGGGAUUAUUCAGGAACUGGUUAGUUCAGUGGAUAAAAGAGAAUGAGUUUAAAAGAGUUGUUAUAGCAACAAGUAGCUCAGCUGAUGAAAGACUUGAUGUCCAGUUACAAGGACCACAGUUUAGAUGUGUUGCAUCACCACAAAUAGAGGAAGCAUUUGGUGACAUGUUCCGUAAUUUCUAUGAGUGGGAGGAGCUAGAGAGACGUCAGUGUUUCCCAGCGCCAUCUGUGUUAGAGGCCAAGGAUGGUGAAGGGGGAGAACUCUACAUUCCUGGAGGUGGUAUAGCCAAAACUCUAUUUGAAGAAUUGUAAGUACUUAAUUUACAUGUA